AUGGUUCCCGAUGGCAACGACUCGGCAUGGGCGGAGGAGAACCCUGGAACCGUUUUCAAGCAUAUGAAGCUUAAAUCGACAGCUUAUUUCUUCCAAACCUAUCCGAAAGCGUGCAAAAGGAAUCGACGUUAUAUUCUAGUUAACCAAUAUGGAUUUCGUCAAGAAAGAUUUAAACACCCAGCAUCCGUCGCGCCAUCCGCCUUGGCUCCCAGCCAGUCUAUGGUUACGAGCGGAGUUACGAUUUUAAAUGCUUACACUCCUUGGAAUGAAAUCACUCCCACGACAGGCAGCGAUACAAUGUGGAGCUGUAGUGCUUUAUUCGCUGCAGUUGUGGGGAUAUACCUAUUGUUGUUGGUUCAUGAUGUUCUUGCAAUAUCAAAGCUCUCUGCUGUAGGCUCGAAAUUUUUCAAUGAAGAGGGUCAGCAGUUUUUCGUCAAGGACCCCCUUGUGGACUCGGAACAGUGCAAACUAGACUCUUCCUUGAUGAAGGAGCUUGGUGCGAACGCUAUCCGAGUCUAUCAUGUUGAUCCCGAUGGAGAUCAUGAAGAGUGCAUGAAGACGUUCGCAGAUGCAGGGAUAUACCUAUUUGUUGACUUGGACGACUUUCCAACCCAAAUCGAAGGGAAAUCCCCUAUUUGGAGUCAAAGGCAAUUCGACGCGUUCAAAUUAACCCUGGAUGAAUUUCAGAAGUACGACAACACAGCUGGAGUCUUCGUGGGAAAUGAGGUUCUCACCACAGCAAAUGAUUCCGUCGCAGCUCCGUAUAUUCUAUCUGCAACUCGAGAUAUCAAGGCCUAUCGUGAUUCCAAGAAUUAUCGGAAGAUACCGGUCGGUUAUUCCGCUGCUGAUAUUGCAGAGCUGCGCCCUAUGUUGCAGAACUAUCUGGUUUGUCGGGAAGAUGAAUCAGAAAGAUUAGACUUUUUUGCUCUCAACGCUUACGAAUGGUGUGGUAAAUCAACAUUUGAAGUUUCUGGCUAUAGCAACUUGAAUGACCAAGCAGAGGGCUACCCCGUUCCGAUUUUCUUUUCCGAAACUGGUUGCAAUACCGUCCGACCACGCGAGUUCGAGGAUCUCAAUGCUAUCCUUGGGCCAGAGAUGACAGGGACGUGGUCUGGCGCGAUGGUGUACGAGUGGAUAGAGGAGCUGAAUAAUUAUGGCCUGAUUACAUACGGGAAGCCGCCUGAAGGUGACAAGUCUAAUCCGUCAGCUCUCGACGGUUUCUCCCGCCGUGGUACUCCCACCCCUAUUAAACCAGACUUCACAAAUUUGAAAUCCCGUUUCGCCUCUCUGUCUCCCACUGGUGUUGAGCUGUCAGACUAUUCCCGUCAGGCAUCAAAAAUUACAGCCCCGCCCUGCCCCAGUUCAACUCCUCAUUCAUGGGACGUCGAUCCUUAG